UCAAAGAAAUUAUCCCCUAGACCACAUCUCCCACAAUCGAUAAGGCGGUAGUGUAAUCUUGCGAUAAGACUCCAAUUCCCAGAAUCCAUCCCAGGCGGGGGGAUGGGGGAGCCUUUGAAGUUCUUUCCAAGCAUCCGGUUCCCGAUGGAUUCUGGGGAUUGUAGUUCAGAGCCCAAUGUGGACCAGCCCACGGAGGUUUCAGCUCUUCCUGGGUUUGCCCCGCUUCACACCUGCCCAGCUGCAGGUCUGUCUUUUAAGACUUCUGGCCAAGAAGUGACACUGAAAGUGGAGGUGAGAAUGACUUCUGGGAUCCUUACCACCAAGUCCCGGAAAUCGCUGACCUUCCAGGAUGUGGCCGUGCACUUCACCUGGGAGGAAUGGGGGCUGCUGGAGCCGGCUCAGAAGGACAUGUACAGGGACGUGAUGCUGGAGAACUAUGAGAACUUUGUAUCUCUGGAGCUUACAGAAUCCAAAGCAGAUGUGAUCUCCCAGUUGGCCAGAAGAGAUUCCCUGGGGUUGCCGGAGGGAAAAGUCCCAGGAAGCAUUUUUGUAGAUUUUCUUCAAGAAUGUAAUAUACUUGGAAGACUUCAUCCUGGAGAGAAACCAUUUGAAUGUAAUCAGUGUGGAAAAGCUUACUGCAGCAAACAAUAUCUAAGUGAACAUCAAAGAAUUCAUACUGGUGAGAAACCUUAUAAAUGUAAAGAAUGUGGGACAGCUUUUCCUCAGAAGAGACACCUUAAAAUGCAUAAUAUAAUACAUACUGGAAAGAAACCAUUUGAAUGUAAUCAGUGUGGAAAAGCUUACUGCAGCAAACAAUAUCUAACUGAACAUCAAAGAAUUCAUACUGGAGAGAAACCCUAUAAAUGUAAUGAAUGUGGGGAAGCCUUUAAUCGGAAACAUUCUCUAGGCCAACAUGAAAAAAUUCACACUGGAGAGAAGCCUUACAAAUGUAACGAAUGUGGGAAAGCCUUCAGUCAGACGAGACACCUUAAAACUCAUAAGAUAAUUCAUACUGGAAAGAAUCCCUUUGAAUGUAAUGAAUGUGGGAAAGCUUAUUGCAGUAAACAAUACCUAACUGAACAUCAAAGAAUUCAUACUGGAGAGAAACCCUACAAAUGUACUGAAUGUGGGAAAGCCUUCAACCGGAAACAUUCUCUAGGCCAACAUGAAAAAAUGCAUACUGGGGAGAAACCCCACAAAUGCAAUGAAUGUGGGAAAGCCUAUGGUCAGAAGAGACACCUUAAAAUACACAAGAUAAUUCAUACUGGGAAAAAGCCUUUUAAAUGUAAUGAGUGUGGGAAAGCUUACUGCAGGAAACAAUAUCUAGCUGAGCAUCAGAGAGUUCAUACUGGAGAGAAACCUUAUAAAUGUAACGAAUGUGGGAAAGCUUUCAGUUCUAAGGCAAAUUUUUAUGUACAUAAGAGAAUCCACAGUGGAGAGAAACCCUACAUAUGUAAUGAAUGUGGCAAAGACUUUACACAGCAAGGACAACUUAAAAUGCAUAAGAUAUUUCAUACUGGAAAGAAGCCCUUUGAAUGUAAUGAAUGUGGAAAAACCUUUUACACCAAUUCUGGCCUUAAAGAACAUAAACUAAUUCAUUCUGGAGAGAAACCUUUUGAAUGCAUUGACUGUGGGAAAGGCUUCAGGUUCGGUUCAGGUCUUUUGAAACAUCAGAGAAGUCAUUCUGAAGAGAAACCUUAUAAAUGUAAUGAAUGUGGGAAAGGCUUCAGGCGGAGCUCAUAUCUCAUGCAACAUGAGCGAAUUCAUACUGGAGCAAAACCCUAUGAAUGUAAUGAAUGUGGGAAAGUUUUUAGGUGGAAGGGAAACCUUGAUUCACACAACAGGGUUCAUAUUAGGGGGAAGCCAUAUUCAUGUAAUCAAUGUGGGAAAGCCUUCAGGGAUCAGGACAGCCUUAAUGCACAUGAGAAAAUCUGUACUGGAAGGAAAUUCUUUGAAUGAUAGUAGCUUAUAGUCAGAGGCUAAACUAUGCUGCACAUAAAAAACAAAACAGUUGACAGAGAUGCUUUGGAUGUUAAGCAUCAGUGAGAACUUUGUCAUUUAAUAUGUACUAUUUAUUAGUUAAGAAACACGGAAUUCUGCAGGGUAAGAAUCCUAUGACUAAUGAAUGUGAAAAAUGUUAUGCACAAAAAACCUUAAUAUUUUUUAGGAAACCUUAUUUUAACUAUAAUGAGUGUGGGAAACACUUCAAAUGGUAUGGAAUAGUGAGGAAGUUUGAGACAAUGAUGGAGAGAACCUUGUUUGUGUAUAAAAUGUAGAGAAGGAUUAAUGAGAAAAUAAAACUUAUGAAUCAGAGUUUUCACACUGAAGGCAUUGCAUUUAAUGUAAUGAGUGUGGCAUAAUUAAAACAGAAUAGAAACCUGGAGGACCAUAAGAGCCUUUUAGAGAAAGAAAUUCUCUGAUUAUAAUGAAUUGAGAAAGCCUCCAGGCUCAGUCAUACCUUUAUUAUACAUCAUAAAAUUGUUGUGGAGGUUAUUUUUAAAAAAUAUACUUGGGAAAAACUUCAAUUAGGGGAACACAUUACAUGACUUCAGAUAAUUUAUCUGGGUGAGAAUCUCCAUGAAUGUAGUAAGAAUAGUUGAAAGUCCAUCAUUGAUUUAUAUUAAUGAAUCACACCUGCAGGUUUGAUGGAAAGAAUACUUCAAAAGAGUUCAUAGUCUGAAAAUCCCAUUAAAAGGGGCCUCAGAGGUCAUUUGGUCAAGUAUUAUUUCAGAAAAUGAAUCUUCUAUCCAAGAUGAAAGUUUUAUUUAAUUCUUGUCUUAAGACUUUUAAUUAAUGGAAGUUCAUUGCUUCCUUAAGGUAGUAGACACCACUUUUGGAUCUAAUAAUUCAAUUUUUUCCUUAUAUUUAGUCAAAAUGGACUUCUUUGCACUUUCUCUCAUGUUUCCUAGCUCUGCUUUCUGUGGCCAAAUACAUAUUUAAUCUUUUUUUUCUUUUGACAAUCUAUUAUAUACUUGAUAUCAGCUAUAAUGCCUUCUCUUAGUCUUCUACAGAAACAUCCUCAUUUCCUUCCCCCCAACUUCAUAUAACUUGAAUUAUCAUGUCACUGUCCUGGUUGCUCUUUUUUUUUUUAAUACUCAAACUUGUCAUUUGCUUUUUGAAAUAUGGCAUGAAUGAAUGAAAAAUCAUUAGUUAUAAUAAAUUAGUUACUGGCUUCCUAAAUGCUAAGUAUUGUGCUAAGUACUAGGGAUAUAAAUACAAAGAAGAGAUAUUUCUGUCCCCAGGGAACUUAUAUUUUUACAGGGGAAGAAAAUAUACACAGGGGAGUAGCAAUAUGGAAUAGUUAUUUUGGCUUGACUAUUGAUGUUGUGGAAAAUCUGACAUAUUACCUCCUCAGCACUAAAUAGUAAUGAUGAGAGCUGUUUGAUGUUAAUGAGGAAAGAUAACCUGAGAUGUGUGCUAGCUGACAUUUUUUGUUAAUAAUUGGAUCAAGGCAUACUUAUCCAACUGCAGACAGAAUAAAUCUGGAAAGGAAAGCUAACACAGUAGGAUCAUAGAGUUGAAUUGUGAAUUGACAUAUCCUUUUCCUACGAGCAUUGGUAAUAUUGAUUUCAUCAUAAUUAAUUUGAUUUUUACAGAGCUGAAAACUGAAAAUAGAAGAGGGAAAAGAAUGUAGAAUGUGCCAGCUAGCCCGACAUACAGGACAUUUAAUGCACUCAGCAGUCAGGAUAGCAUAGGUCUCAUGGUGAAAAUUUUAGAGAUAAAAGAUGUGACAGAACUAAUGAGAAUAUUUUGGAUAGAUAGGGUCUGAACAGUGGAACGAUGGCACUGUCCUCAUUCUGAAUAAUAUGACAUGCCCACUGUGUCCUGAGAUUGAAUUAGCUUUCUUUGCCUGUAGUUUUACUUUAUUUGACUCCUUGUGAAUCUUUCAUCCAUGAAAAUCUUUUGACUUUUAUCAGAUGAAACUGCUCUCUAGCCCUGCCUUGUAAAGUUGAUGUGAAACAUUUCAUUUACUCCUACUAUAUUUCAUCUGAAUUAGUUGGUCCAGUGUCUAGCACCCAACUUCCUAAACUGUGAGUCAUGAUCCCAUAUAGGGUCUUGUAACUGAAUGGAGGUUGCAAUAUUAUGAUUUAUUAUCAGUAAA